GAAAAUAUCUUCAUUCUCGACCAAUCAGCUGUGCCCCAGCUGGAAGCAUGACCUUCGGUCACAGCGCGCCGCGCGAGGCAUUGUUGCCGUCGGGCCGGUGCCUGACGGUUGUGUGUGCGGUGCUGGUCGCUGCAGAUCAGCGAUUAUUUCAGUGAAAUCAUAUUCAGACUCGUAUCGCUGAACUGCCUGUGAACAAAAACAUCGUUUCGGCUAUCAGUUGGACUGACCUCGUCCUCAAGGCUCAACCUCGGACCUUUCUGGCUGAUAACUGACUAGUGAUUUUACAUCUUAUUCCGAAUCCGAACGCCAACGGAGUCAGAAUGACGAUCGUCAGUGUUCUCACCAAGAAGGCCACGGAAAACGACGACGACUACGACCUGCGCGUGCCACUGCACGAAGAUGCCGACUUUGACGACGGCAUCACGUUCCGGGCCAAGCUGAUCGGCACGUUGGACAUCCCUCGGCCAACCACGCGGCUCGAGAUCGUGUCGGCCAUGCGCCGGAUACGCUACGAGUACAAGGCCCGCUCCAUCAAGAAGAAGAAGGUGGAGAUCACCGUCUGCACCGACGGUGUCGAGAUCAUGCGCAAGUUGAAGAAGCGCAAGCUGGUCAAGAUGACCAAGGACGAGCGCCAGGACCUGAUCACGCUGCUCCCGAUCCACCGCAUCUUCUACGUGUCCCACGACUCGCAGGACAUGAAGAUCUUCAGCUACAUCGCUCGCGACCAUCAGUCCAACGUGUUCAAGUGCUCCGUGUUCAAGGCCUCCAAGACGAACACGGCCACUCGCGUGGUGCGCACCAUCGGGCAGGCGUUCGACGUCUGCUACAAGCUGCACGGAGACCGACCUCCGAGUCUGUACAGCUCGUGCGACGACCUGGGUCCGGCGCUGCAGCCGCUGGCCCGGCCGCUGGGCGACGACGGCAGUGACCGGCCGACGGGCCUGAUGACCUCUCCGCUGGCCGACCCGCUGGGAUCGGCGCUGACACUGCCCGAGGCCGGUGCGCCGCUCUCGCGACACCACGAGUGGCAGCUGAUGAAGGAGCAGCUGGAGCAGCAGCAGUCGCUCACCCGGGAGGCACUGGAACAGGUGCACCUGCUGCGCGACAAGCUUCAGUCGGAGACCACCGCCCGUCUGGAGGCUCAGUCGCGCACUCACCAGCUGGCCUCGCACAACCGGGCGCUUUUGGCUCACGUGCGGCAGCUGAUGGCGCAGCUGCGUGCCGACGACGUGGAACACGAGCUCGACCUGAGCUCCGCCAGCUCGGCGAGCUCCGCCAGCGUCAGCUGCGAGGAGCUGCACCGAGCCGUCUCCUCCAAUGGCUCGUCUAUCGACGCCGAGCUCUGUAUGAUGAGCGAGGCCAUCGAACAACUCGAGCGGGAAGGCUGGCCGGACGAGGAUGGAGAACCGGAGCCGGAGCCGGAGCCUCAGCCGGAGCCGCAGCUGGUGCGGCGGCCGCCCGUCCUCCAGAGUCCUCUAUGAGGACGGGGGGAGGACCUGCCGGAGCGGACGGCCCGACACCAGAGCCUCGCGCAGGCGAGCUUCUCGGCUGUGGGCCGUCCGCCGGGCGCGCUCGCCCGAUGCCACUGCCCGGUGAAGCCUGUGUUCAUAUGAUAUGCUCGGAGCCGGUGGUGGAAAGACUGGCGCUCGCUCAGGACUCGACUCGAUGCGCGGUGUUGUAGUGACGUGACGUGACGACGUGACGUGACGUGACGCGGUGUUGUAGUUUAGUGACGUGAUGCGCGUGACGCCGGUGGCGCGGCGCCGCGAGAUGUGAUCGCUGUGGCUGUUGUUCCGACAUCGCUCCACUCGGGACUGUGUAACUGUGUUAACUGUGUGCUGAUGUGCGUCCGCGCCGGUGAAUAUAUAAUGCAUUGUGUGUGUAUUAAAGUGGUCCUAACUUGCCGUGCGGAGUGAGCCGUGUAUGAUACGUGUAAUGUGUUAGGCGCGCUCUGGCUCGCCAUACUAACCAUGGGAUGCGAUCCAGCGACCGGUCGUCCGGGCGACCGCCCGGGCGACCGGCCUGGCUCGGCGGGAUGUACAGUGUUGCAUACAUAUCGAGACUAUAGAGGCUGAGUGAGCGGAAUAAAUACAUUCGUGAUCAUC